AUUUAUAAAGCUCAUCAGGUGUCCCAGUCAGGUGUAAGUUGCGUUUUGUACAGAGAUGGAAAUAAAUUAGUAUCAAUGUGACAUACUUAUAUGACAGUAUAUAAUGGACGUGAGGUGUGAAAAAUACGUGUUUUUCCUUACCUUUUGUGUAUUAUGUGAAAUGAUAUGAAUUAUUAAGGAGGAUUGGUCGGACUUUAUUAAAACUAAGCCUACACAUCUUAAAAAGUUGUUAUGUCUUAAUGUGAAGGUGACGAGUUGACAAUUAACACAUUACAAGGCAUCCUGGUAAAUUCACUUGGAACAGCAAGGGAAAGAUGGCUAUACAUGGAUUAUUUAAACAUUUCAGAACUGUGAAAUAAAUGUUUAGGAUUUUAAUUGACACUUUAAAGGUUUUCUUUUGAUAAAGAGGAAUUAUAAAAUUUCAGAAGUGGAGAUUCAAGCUUAAACAACAUGUUUUCUUCACAGAUGGUCGGUGGUGCUAAGUACAUCGGUGGGCUAUCUAAAUCUGUAGCAUCUAGUGUCUGGAACUUAUUCCGUACUAGCCAAGAAGAGGGCCUUGAAAACAGUAGUGAUGAAAACAGUGACUCAGAAAGUUUAGAUGGACCUAAUGUCAGCAGCAGAAAUUUAGAGGAUGAAUGGUUACAGAAGUAUAAGGAUGUCCAGACAAGCUUAGCAAAAGAUUCUUUUUAUCAUGACAAUGCUCCUAGUCACUUAGAUCUUAGACGUGAAAAACAACAUCAUAAAGACGUCCAGACAAGCUUAGCAAAAGACUGUGAUUAUCAUGACAAUGCUCAUAGUCACUUAGAAACACAACAUCAUAGAGAUAGCCAAAUAAGCUUAGCGAAAGAUUUGAAUUAUUAUGACAAUGUUUCUAGCCACUUAGAUCUAAGGUGUGAAACACAACAUCAGGAAGAAGAUCAUCAUAAAGAUAGACAUAGUCAUGAAUAUAAAGAUUCAUUGCCUCUGAAUCAACCAUCUGAAUCUUCAUGGCAAGAUAAAAAUAACUGUGAUGAUGGAUGUAAUAUUCAGUUUAAUGCAAACUCAGUCAAGUAUUCAAAUAUAACAGGGUAUACAAAUCAUCAUUAUCAUGAAAAUGAAACCAAAUCAAAUGCUUCAACUUGUGAAAGACAGAUUAAGCAAGCAGAUGAAACUUAUCCUGGUGAUUCUGUGAAACAUCAAACUAAAACUGAUUUUGAAAGUUGUAUUAAAACAGAUCUCUAUAGGGAAUGUACAUCAUAUUUGGAAAAUUUUGUGGCAAAAGAAAACUUUCAGGAAAAUAAAACUGUUUCUGAUGAUUCCAAAGAAAUUAAUUUCCAUCAGGAAUAUACAACUGAUUUGGAAAAUUCUGAGGAAAGGGAUUUCCGACGGGAAUGUACAACCAAUUUUGAAAAUUCUGAAGUAAGGGAUUCCAGUCAAGAAUGCACAAAUAAUUUGGCUGUUCCUGAGGGAAAAGAUUUCCUUCAGAAAUCUACCACGGCUUCAGAAAAUUCUGUGGAAAAAGAUUUCAAACACCAUACUUCUGAUUACAAUGAUUCUGUGGGAAAACAAGUUUGGUCAGAAAACAUAACUGAUUUGAAUGAGGACAAGGCUAGAACUUUUGACAACAAUUGUGUUAAAGCAGAUUCACAAGAAAGUGUGACAUUUGAGAGGGAGAUGAUGUCUGGAAAUGGAACUAAUUCUGAACUUGGAGCAAAUGAAAAGGACAUUUCAAAAAAAGAAAAUACCAAACCAAGUCUACCUAGUCACCAGAUAUAUAGAAAUCUACAUUUGGUAACUUUACGACCUGUCAGGGGAGUGAAGGUUAAGAUGGAGAGAAAGAAUAAGUUACCUACACAUAGUAAACAAUUCAGUUCAAGAUUAAUUGAUAGAGAUAGACAACACAAUUUAUAUAGUACCAAAGCAAAUGUGAAUGAUUCUCCACAUGCUCCAGAGUCUAGUACAGGAGAUACAGAAAACACAUCAACCAGGACGGGAAUGGAUGGACUCUGUAAUAAAACUGCUAACAACACUUUUAAAAGGAUUCAAGGGUCCUGUGGAUCUGUUGCCAUUGAUCCUGGAACUAAGGGUGGUAACUCUAAACAUACAGUGCCUCCAUACAGAGUUAAUGCCACACAGAGAUGUUUGGACAAUACAGAGUAUCUUUACAGUAAACUCAGAGCUGUCUACGGAGAAUGUACAGACGAAGCUGUGAGAGAGGCCGUGGUACAGCUGAAUACCAAAUACAGUGGUUAUAUGUUGUAUUUCUGUGAUACCUUUCUAGACCCAGCUCUAGAGCUCAUCAAAACAUUGAAAAAGAAUUUCCAAGAACCAGGAUGUCCUAGUACUUUUCAGUGGCCAGUGUGUUGUCAAGGAUCUAUUAUAAUUCAUCUGCAGGACACCAAACAACUGUUACCAGGGCAACAAUAUAUUUACAUCAGAAGGUCAUCUGGAGGUCAAAUACAUCUUGCUGUUAAAUAUUGUUCUUUACAAGGAUUAAGUGAUGUGAUUUUGAGGAAAAAUAAUGAAAUUGCAAAUGUUUUAAAUAUGGAAUGGUCCAAUCGAUUUAAAAUGAGGUCUGAUGAAGAUCUCGGAAAAUUACUUCAAAGAACAAUGGUGUCUUUUGAAGAUAGUAUACAAAGAAUAAAGCUAGAGGAAAGUGCUGAUUCCUGCAAGGAUUGUAAGAGGAAUAGACAAAUACCAGAUGGAAAGAAAGUACUGUCAGCACUCACCAAUAGAUCAAGGUUUUCAAACAGACCAGAUGGUUACUACCCACAGAUGAACAACGAUUUACAAUGUAAUCAGCCUCGGAGUCCAGGAUUUUAUAACCACAGAACUCUGGAUGUUCCCAAAACUAUCAUGGAUGUAGAUUACGAUCUGUUGCAGUCUGGGAUAGCUAUUCUACCAGGAUGUCGAGAUAUGCGAGGUGGAGCAGUAAUUUUCAUAUUCACAGGAAGUUCUCUUUGGAAAAAUCAACAGGUGUCCAGCUCAGAGCUAGCCAGACUUCUUUUGUAUUAUAGAUCUGUUCCAAGAGAGGAAGUAAAACAGAAAGGUCUAACAAUUGUUGCUGAUGUCAGAGGCUCCAACUCUUCUACAAUUAAUACUUUGUUAGAGGCUAUAUAUUUAUUAGAGGGUAACAUACCAAAUUGUAUAUCUUCCUUAUUAUGUGUUGCUGAUCUCCAUACUGAACCAUUGGUGCUGAAAUCUCCUGUGUAUGACAAGAAGGCAACUUUUAAGAGUUCUGUUUUACUGUCAGUUGAACAACUAUGUGAUUCUAUAGAGUUAGACCAGCUUCCUCUUAUAUUCCACGGAUUGUUUGUUUACUGUCAUGAGGACUGGGUUAGAUUUCAUAUGAAACUGGAUCCAUUUUUGUCAAAAUUGCGAGCUACAGCCAAAUAUUUAAUAUGUGUAAUUCAGGAUUUAUCUGAUGUUGAUGUAAUGCCAAAAAACUUUGAUGAAACAACUCGGACAAUCAAACACCAUGAAGAAUCGGUGAAAUCAGCUUUAUGUGAUCAGAGAUUAAUAUCAUUACAAUCUGAUGGAACGGGAAUAAUAAGUGAUUUACAAAAGGAGGAGGAAUAUAUGUCACAUACAGAAGACUAUAGGGACUGCAUGAGGACAGUUGACCAGUUAUACAUCCAGUUACAGAACAGUAUGGUGAAAUUAGUAAAGCUUUCAGAAAACAGAUUGAGGAAACUGGAGAAAUGUUUACAUCUCAGGGAAUUCGAAGAAGAAAGUAAUAAGGUCAUCAGUUGGUUAAAGAGCCAUGGUGGACAGAUCGCAGACCGCUAUGCCAAUCUGGCCGACAACCUAAAAGCCAUCCGAUCUCAACAGAAAGACUUUGAGAAAUUUCAUUUCAGCGCAAUGUCUUUCAUAGAAAAAGGAAAUGAUUUGUUAGAAGAGGCCAGUAUUUUAGCCCAAUCAGGAGACUUUGAAGAUGCUACAGGGUACAAAGAAUUAGCCAGGACCCUAAAGAAACAUUUACAAGACUUCACGCAUAGACUGGAGACCACCAGGGAAAGGAUAGAGAGUACCACAAAAUGUUAUCAUCUCUUAGAUAAGAGUUAUGAAUGGGCUUUAGAAGCAAUGAAAUAUGUGGCCAGUAUGAAAAUGGACCAUUCUACAACAUUAGAAGGACUAGAAAAAUUAUUACGUAGUCUCGAGCUUUACUUGCGUCAUCAUCCUGCCAUGACGGAGGCAACAUUUGCCAGUAUGUCAGAACUUGCCCAACAAUUACAAAACGAUAAACUUCUAGAACAGUGUCGUGUUGCAAAAGCACGUUGUGUUGAAACCAAUAAUUUAUUGAAUCUCAGGCUUGGAACAUUACGAAGGGCAAAAGAAAAAAUGUUAAGAGAACAAAAUUUACAACCCUCAAAUAGUUUUAGUUCUCCACAUAGAAGCCCUGAACGGACUUAUGCGAAGGAUUCUAAUCAGAUGAGUCAGUCAUAUGAAGUAGGAGAUGGGGGAUGGAACCCCAUUCUCUCCAGUACCCCAGCUGUUCCAAACCGUGCAAUCCAUCCAGCGUUUAGGAAAUGUGUUUCUGAGGCAGCAUUUUCACCUCGUUCAGGAAAUUCAUUUAUUACUGAGGAUUUAUCAGAUCAUGUGGUUACUUCAAUUCCAAAAGUGUUAAAUGAUACAACUUUAAAAUCUUCUAGGGAAGAUUUAACGGAAGAUUCAUCGGAAAGGGCUCAAAAUAACAAGAAUAAUAACACUGAAAAACUCAAUAAUUCAACAACGAACUCCACAGAUUUUGUUUUUACUCCACCGUAUGAGCCAGGAAAUACACUUUCUUCUCAUAAUAGACCUGUGAAAAAAAUGUUAAAACGGACUACAGUGAAUUCUCUUGAUACAAGUGGUGUUAUUCAAAAUGGACAUAUAAAUUUACAAAAACGGACUAGUGCUCCAUUACCUAGUAAUGUUAUAAUUGAAGAAGAUGAAUCAAAAUUAUCCCCACCAUUAAGAAAUCCACACCUGAAGACCGUUGAAUGUCGACCUGUCAGUAUGAUAACUGUUAGUACAGAUAGUCUUUCAAGUUUACCUGAGGAGGAAGAAGAAAAUCAAGAGAAUAGUUGUAACAGUCCACAAAAGAGAGAUUGGUCCAAAGGAGUUUGUGGUAGUCCUCCUACCAGAGAAUGGACCCCAGUCCCUGUUAAUUCACAUCUAUCAGAGUUCAACAGAAAUGUCCCUACUGGAUCUUUAGCUGGUCUGAAACUUUCUGGGAAGGAAUCGAAAAGUAUUUUAGCUCAUGUGAUGUGUGAGAUGGUACAAACUGAGAGAGAUUAUGUUCAGUCAUUACAAUACAUUAUAGAAAACUAUAUCCCAGAAUUAUUACGGGAAGACGUACCUCAGGCGUUACGUGGAAAGAGAAAUGUUAUAUUUGGAAACCUUGAGAAGAUAUAUCAGUUUCAUUAUCAAUAUUUCUUAAAAGAAGUUGAGAUGUGUGAACAGAAACCUUUCCAGAUCUCACAUUAUUUUCUCAUGCAUGAGAGCUUUUUCUACCUAUAUGCUUUAUAUAACAAGAAUAAACCCAAGUCUGAUGCUCUGAUGGCAGAGUAUGGCAAACAUUUCUUUAAGCAAAAACAAGAAGAGCUGGGUGACAGAAUGGAUUUAUCUAGUUACUUACUGAAACCUGUACAAAGAAUGGGAAAAUAUGCCUUAAUGUUAAAACAGAUCAUGAAGGAAUGUCCCCAGUCUGAUGCAGCUUAUCAAGACUUAAAGGCAGCUGAACAAAUGGUAAAAUUCCAAUUAAGACAUGGUAAUGACUUAUUGGCCAUGGAUGCUUUGAAAGAUUGUGAUGUAAAUCUUCAGGAGCAGGGAAAUUUAGUCCGACAAGAUGAAUUCCUUGUAUGGCAGGGGAGGAAGAAAUCAUUACGACACGUCUUCUUGUUUGAAGAUAUGAUAUUAUUCAGUAAAACCAAAAGAAACAGACAUGGGGGACCAGAAUAUUAUGUUUAUAAAAAUAGCUUUAAAAUGGCUGAUAUAGGGCUGACAGAGAAUUAUGGAGAAUCAGGGUAUAAGUUUGAGAUCUGGUUCAGGAGGAGAAAUUCUGGGGAUAACUAUAUCUUCCAGGCUCCUAACUCAGAUGUUAAACUUCACUGGAUUAGAGGGAUAUCAAAAAUCUUGUGGAAUCAAGCUUUGAAAAAUAGGGAUCGUCACAUGACAGAGAUGGCUACCAUGGGUAUAGGAAAUAAACCAUGUUUAGAUAUCAAACCUAGUGCUAAUAAUAUACAGGAUAGAUUUGUUAACUAUGCUUUAGGAGGCAGGGGAGCGAGGACGAGGAACUCAAUAGCUGUGUCAUCUUUUGAUCAUUCACGGCUCAACAACAAACGACCUCAUUCUAUCAUCUCCAUUGGUAGUACAUCGUCAUCCAACAGUAGUCAUUCUGGUCUGUUCAUAAAUCCUGGUGCAGGCGGGGAUCCCUUUGACAGUCCACGACACACCACUAACACAUGUUUAUCUAAUGAGAGUGGUAUAGGUACUGAUGUAUCCAGUAGUUACAUAGAUCAACCCUCAGAAAACUUCCAUAAAGACAUGUCACCGUCACACCAAUAUCAAUCACAUAAUAGUCCACAACAAUAUCGUAUGGCAUCACAGGAAAUUCCACCUCUAGCUUAUAGUAGCACUGAUGUAUAAACAUGACAAAGAUAUACAUACUGCACCCUCACAGACAAAUGACUCAUCUCAUAUUAAAGCUUACUCUUCAGUUUUCGUCCAUCUCAUCACUUCUAUUUCGUAGAAGAGUGCAAUGCAAACAUAUGCUGAGAAACAUUGCUUUCAACAUUACAUUAACCAUCGAUCAGACAACAGAACUAUAAAGACUGUUUUCAAUAGCAACCAUCAACAGUUUUAAGUAAUGGACAAUCUUAAUGUGAAGAAUUGGUGCAACUAUAAAAUGAUAAAACAAUGUACAAAUUCUCAUGUCUUCAUGUACAAAAAAUAGACCUGUGUCUUAGUAAAAUCCUAUAUUGUAAAAGAAUAGAACACGAAGUAUAGAUAGUGCUUAUAUACAGUUUUUCAAACAUGAUGACUUCAUAUUCAUGAUGAUAUACAUAUAAAGUAUUGAUGUAAACAUUGGAACAUAAUAAUUGGUGCUAAAUUACAUUGUGUCAUUCAUACUGGUGUGUACAUACUACAUAGAGUGUAUUAUAUAAUUCUUACUACAUGUAUAUGAUUAAUAAAUGUGUAUUAUUUAUA